CCCCGUAGCCUGGUAACGGCGGCUCUGCGGGCGGGGGCGGCCCCGGCAGCCGCGGUCAGGUGGCACCGCCGAGACGGAGCCGGCCGAGCACGAUAAAAGUCCCGGCCCGCCGCCGCCACGGCCGCGAGGGAGCGCGGAGCCGCCGCCCGGGAGCCAUGCUCAGCACUGGACACUCUCCGUGAGCCGUCCCAGCAGCCCGGAGCACCACGGUGCCACUCUGACUUAGAGCAGGACUUUGUUACCAAGGUGACUGAGCAGUGGGAGCUGUCCUGCCGCCACCAGGCCAGACAAUCCCUCCCUUGGCUGCACAUCCCCUUGGCUCUCUUCCCAUGAUGGAAGCCUGAGUGCCAGGAUCCUCCAUGACCUCCAGAAGCCACAACUCCCUGCCGAGAACUCUGAUGGCUCCGCGGAUGCUCUCGGAAGGUGCCCUGGGGGGCAUCGCCCAGAUCACGCCCUCGCUGUACCUGAGCCGGGGCAGCGUCGCCUCCAACCGGCACCUGCUGCUGUCGCGGGGCAUCACCUGCAUCAUCAACGCCACCAUCGAGAUCCCCAACUUCAACUGGCCGCAGUUUGAGUACGUCAAAGUGCCUUUGGCUGACAUGCCCAACGCCCCCAUCUCGCUGUACUUCGACAGCGUGGCCGACAAGAUCCAGAGCGUGGCGCGGAAGCACGGCGCGGCGCUGGUGCACUGCGCCGCCGGCGUCAGCCGCUCCGCCACGCUCUGCAUCGCCUUCCUCAUGAAGCACCACAAGGUCUCCCUCUUCGAGGCCUACAACUGGGUCAAGGCGCGGCGCCCCGUGAUCCGGCCCAACGUGGGCUUCUGGAGGCAGCUGAUAGACUACGAGAGGAAGCUCUUUGGGAAGACCACGGUUAAAAUGGUACAGACGCCCUAUGGCAUCAUCCCAGACGUUUACGAGAGAGAGAGGAGACCCCUGAUGCCUUACUGGGGAAUUUAAUGGGACUGCAGAGGGGGAGCACGACGGAAGGGACGCGCUGUUUCGAGUCCACCAGACUGGAGAUGUUCCCUUCUCCUUCUACAGCCAACUUUGGUUCUCUACCAUACAGCAGAACCUCAGUUCUCACCUCACUAACCUGCAAGGCCAACGAUUCCCUUCAAAGCAUUUUUCUCUAUGGGGAUUUCCCAUCUGCAUCUCUGAUUUAGCAAAACCAGGUCUCAUUAUAAGUUUAUUCCUUCCAUAAAGCCUACGUCUUUUUUCCUUUUUUUAGUCAGUUUAUUAAGCUCCUCGAGGAAGGGCCUAAGAGGCAUCGGGCAGAGUGGAUGGCCCAAGAGCGCUUUGUGCUGCAGUAGUAGCCUGGAUAUUUUGUUAUAGCUUGUUUGCUUCCUUGCAAAACCCUGUAGUGGCUCAGGAGCAGCACUAGCGAGGCCCUGCCCCACAGCAGCAGGUUUUCCAAGCACCAGGGAGGCAGGAAUACAGGGGCUGUGGUGCUGGUGUUUUCUUUAACAUUCAUAGUGACUCUCAGUAUAUAGUGUUUGAGACCUUUAGUCAGCUCUUAAUCGUAUUCAAAGUUAGGGGGGAAAAAAGGGAAAAACAAACAAACAAAAAGAUUGAAUCAGUCCGUGUCGGCCACAAGUAAAAUAAAAAUUGAGCAAUUCAAAUCAAAUAAAUACAAGAUCCUUUUUCACUCAUUCCAUGCCGGGGCAAUAGCCCUGGAAUACACUUCAACUGCUGGAAAAUGCUGGUGUGUUUUGUGGGUGGAAAGUUGACAGAUCUUGUCCAGAAGCGAGAGGGUUGAAGCCGCUGGGCAGCCAAAGAGAUGCUCAGGAAUGUGAGCAUGGCCCCUGGCCGGGCUGGGCUGGGUGUGCCAGCAUGCCAGCAGAGCCAGCCCAGCCCGGGGGGCUCAAUCCCCUCGGGGAGGAAGGCUGAAUCCCCUCGGGGAAGGCUGAAUCCCCUCAGGGAAGGCUGAAUCCCCUCGGGGAAGGCUGAAUCCCCUCGGGGAAGGCUGAAUCCCCUCAGGGAAGGCUGAAUCCCCUCGGGGAAGGUUGAAUCCCCCGGGGAGGAAGGCUGAAUCCCCUCGGGGAAGGCUGAAUCCCCUCGGGGAGGAAGGCUGAAUCCCCUCGGGGAAGGCUGAAUCCCCUCGGGGAAGGCUGAAUCCCCUCAGGGAAGGCUGAAUCCCCUCAGGGAAGGCUGAAUCCUCUCGGGGAAGGCUGAAUCCCCUCGGGGAAGGCUGAAUCCCCUCGAGGAAGGCUCAAUGCCCGGUUCCUCAGUGGGCUGGGUGUGCCAGCAUCCCAGCAGAGCCAGCCCAGCCCGGGGGGCUCAAUCCCCUCGGGGAGGAAGGCUGAAUCCCCUCGGGGAGGAAGGCUGAAUCCCCUCAGGGAAGGCUGAAUCCUCUCGGGGAAGGCUGAAUCCCCUCGGGGAAGGCUGAAUCCCCUCGAGGAAGGCUCAAUCCCCGGUUCCUCAGUGGCCUGGGUGUGCCAGCAUCCCAGCAGAGCCAGCCCAGCCCUGCAGGGCUCACUCCCCCUGCUCAGCUCCAGCUCCCCUCAGAGCUGCCUUAGCCCACUCCUGCCUCUCUCCAUUCCGUCCUCAAGGUUCUGCUGCAUCCCAGGGCUGCUCCUCUCUGUGCCCAGGGUGGUGGCAGAGGCCUGGCCUUGCUGGAGAGUGCCAGGAGCUGCUCCAGCCCAGCCCUUCCCUGGAGCAGCCUCCCGUGGCUCCAGGGCAGGGGCCGGAGCCUUGGAGUGUGGCUGGAGCCCUGAGCAGGCACCAGAGUUUCUGUUGCCUCUGGAGGAGGAGCAGGCAGAGUGCUGCGCUCGCUGUCUGAUUUAAAUGAGAUUCUAUACUUGUAAAAAAAAAAUCAAUAAAGAUUAAACCAGAACAUG